GCCGUCUCCUGAUUGGUGACUCGAUGACCCUGGUUUAUGAUCGACUGAGGACUCAAGGACAGAAAGUGUUUGCAGGUAAACACACGGAUCUUCUGAGUCUCUUCCGUCGCUUCGUGUUGGAGAAGAAGCGGCGAUGCGAUAGGACCAAAGUUUGCCGGAGACAUCGCUCGAUCCUCGGGGGAUCAGGUUUGUGUACAGUUCUCACAGCAAACAGCUGACUGACCAAACAACAGCGGGAGGGGGAGAAUGGAGAAGCCCGUGACGCUCACUUAGUGUUAACCUACUUCUGCUGCAGAGGAAUAGAGUAGAGUCAUUAUAUGCCACUUUCCCCCUGUGUUACUCGGGAUGGAUACUGGACCCGCCUCCCCACCGUCCUCCCGGGUGGCGGGCCCCCCCCCACUGUGGCGGCUGGCCGAGAGGAGGAGCAGGAAGACCGGUUCAGGGAACAUCUUCAGCAAUGUGAAUCUGUGGCAGCUCCAGAGACUGUUCAGGGCAGCAGGGGACCAGGAUGCGGAGCAGAGGGCCCAGCUGGUUUGGGGCCAACGAGAUGAGGCUGAGCUGGCUCAGGCCUUGAUUGGACUGAGGGCCCGAACCCACCGCAGAGGGCUAAGGAGCAGUGGGAGGGAUGCUCUGGAGUCACGCUGGCUACGCUCCUUCAAUCACCUCAGGAUUGGGGAGAGCUCAGCAAGCAGCCAGGGGAAGGACGCAGGAGAGGAGAUUGAUUCUGAGGCAGGAGCACACAGCAGUCCAGAGCCACAUCGACACUCCCCUGUAGGGACCACAGGGAGAGGUGCGGGGGCCACGGGGGCACUCAGUGAGGGCCACAGCCCAGCAGGGACCUCCGGGAGACCAGUCAGGGUCGGCUCAGGACUGAGAAGAGGAGGAGAGAGCGACCCAGAGAAAUACCUCCAUCGAAUACUGCACUGAUCGACUGCGUGUCUGAGUAUUAACCAGCGAUUAACAACCUGUUUGUCUCACCGCUGUCCUGAAGUGUCCAGAUGCUAGAGCGAGGGUCAAUAACUCCAGUGAGAAGCGACAUCGCUCUCAGCAGAGAAACAGUCGCAGUUUGAAAGAAUAGAAUACUGCCACAAACUCUGGCCUUUAAACGGCUCAGAUCAGAUGGUACCGGUGCUGCACAAACACAUCUCCACCUACAUAAUGUAGACAACAUGAGCAUCUGACCCGAAUCUGGUGUCACACAACUUUACACUCUGGUUGCUGCUCUCAAAAAUGGCCUUAUGUGCUUUCUACCACUCACCCUAUCUCGUCAUGCUAAAGACAAUGAAAAAAAACAUUCCUGGAUUGGCCUGUUCUGCUUCCAAAUGUGAUGGGUGUUUCCUGGGGUUCAUUCCAAAAUGUCAUUGCCGUUCAGUAGCUUUGGAGUAAUCCUGCUAAAAGUCAGACACGCUAAUGAAAACACAACCUCCUCUGUGGAGGUAAUAAUGUCAUAUAUAUAUGGCUACACUGUGGAUAUAUACUGUACUUUUUCAUGUCCUGUACCAUACACAAAGCCAUAGGUAUGCGUGCAUACAUGACUGAGAUGAUGUACUGUAGCUUUAAAAGAUUGUAUCUUCUUGAUUUUUUUUUUUGUAUUCACACUAGCUAGAGUCACAAAAAGUACCAAAUCUGAUAUUUAACUUGUAACCACUGUGUCCCUGGUUAUGUCUGUGGUAUGUUACACAACACUAUACAAGGGGAAGAGUGCAAUAAGAACGAGAUGUUCGUCCAAUUAUAUACACUACUCCUCAUUUAGAGAUGUUGAUUGACAUCUGUACCCGCCCCCUCUGUUUCUCAUGCUGUUUCUCAUCAGGUGAAAGUAAAACAUCAACUUUGUCUUCAGACCAAACCUAAAAGUCAAAGUGAGCUUCACUGUUCAGGGAAAGAAAGAACUGGAAAUCAAACUGCUGUUGUUGUAUGUACAUGGUGACAGUGUGCAAAGCCACUGUGCCUAGGAUAGACUUUAUGUCACCAACCUCAUCAGAUUGCAGAAAACUUGAUGAAACUUUUUUGAUAGUAUAAUGUUUGAUGUUUCAUUUGUAGAUUUAUGGUCAUUAAGUAAAGUAAACAAGAGUCUUUGUAUUUUAUUGUUUUUUUUCUAUAUAGUCACGACAACACAAUGACCAUGUUAAGUAAGUAAAGAUUUUGAUGCAUAGAACGGCACAGUAGACCUGCUGAAAAGGUUUUAAUAUGAAUGAUGUUUUUUAAAUAAACUAACAAAAAUUAAA